AUGGGCUCCGGACUACCCGCGGUCGAGCGGCUCGUCGGCGCGCUCUCGACGCUGGCGGUCGGCCUCACCAUCUACGUCGUGCAUCGCGUCCUGCGCCCCAAGCCCAUGACCAUGGACGACUACUACCGGCAAAAGUACAUGGACACGAGCGAUAUGAUCGGCCACAAGGGCAGCUGCGGCUGCGGCGCCAUGACGUUCAUCGUGCUCGCACCGCGCAACAUUUGCGCCUUUGAUGAUAGCAAUACCUUUCCGUCCAAGAAGGGCCGUAUUCCCGUCCUCAUUGUGCCGAUGACGCACCUCCAGAUGACGAGCCAAAGCACCGAGGACGCCAAUUCGUUCGUGUCCAUCUACACACACCACGAGACGCCGACGUUUGCAUCGCAGCAUGUCUUUUGCAAGCGCUGUGGCAUCCACCUCUUCCACAUGGAGCUCAGCCGCACGGACCGUGUGGCCAUCAACGUGCAUUGCAUUGACGACGACUACAUCCAAGAACUGCGGGUCGUGUUUGUGCCCAAGGGCGGGCGACCCAUCUUUGAGCGGCUCUCGGUCGACGCGAUCGAAGACCAGACGACGACGUCAUCCUCGUCCACGACCAAGGCCAUUGGCCAAGCACACAAGCAAAUCGGGGCUCAAAACAAGAAGAUCCCUCCGCCCUCGUACGUCCACGCUACCUUGCCGCAGACGUCGGACGAACCAGUGGCUCAUUCUGUAGAACGUUUGAGCGACAGCUCAUGGCGUGGUCGCAGCUCCAGACACAAGCAGACCAGCCGCCCGUGGUGCCGAUCACGCACGCACCCGCCAAGGUACUUGUACACGUUUCUAGUGUGCAUGUGAUGAUGGUGGCCACUAGCAACCCGAGCCAGCCAAGCCCGAGAUGCCGCGACACGACCCGAUGACGACGCCACCGACUCCGCCCCACGACUCGAUCUCACACAUUCCUCAGCAAGAUCUGGUGCGAAUGAAGCACCAGCUCCAGUACUACUUGCAGCGCCACUUUCGGGACGGCGACGACGGCGCGACCGCAGUCGUAUAGGAGCAACAUUAGUGUAGUCUAGGACCCUUAUUUCCAGUUACAACGCAAAACUACUAUUUUACAGACAAUA